UGUGUGUCCUUGUUCUCGGGCUGCUUCAAAGUACAUCAUAAACUUGUCCCAAGCAGGGCAGUUACCACGUAGCACCUGCACACCUCUAAACACUGCACACGGGAUGCAUCUCAUCACGCUGCGUCUGUCUCUGUUCCUGUUGCUCGCCGCAGCGGCGACUGCAGAGUACAAUGACAACGAUACCGCAUCUUCCGAAGAAAGUGAUCUGACGGAGGAUAAACUCGUCGAGCAAUGGAAGGGGAUGGAACAGCUCAUUCAGCGCACCUUGGAUGCCGGCCUCAGGAUCAUUCUACCGCAGAUGCUGAAGAUGAAUAGUGAGCUGGAUUUGUCACCCGAUUGCUCGGCGGCGUUCUUCACAGUCAUGCGCAAGAUGAGGCAGAUGGACAAUGAAGUGCUGCGAAUGUUCGACUCGUCGGGGAAACUGGCGCCCGGAAUGCUGGACGGAUCGCUGGCUGACUUCGGGAAUAUGGAUGAAUGCCUGAGCGUAUCCGUUGGGAAGGGUAGGCCCGGAGGCUUCCAAGGUCAAUACUGCAUGGUCAGAUCCCGACCUUACAUGCCUCCGAAACCACGCAUCGUCACCAGAGACUUCAGACCCGUCAAUGCUUCACUGUUUCCCGAGAACUCUAUGAUGCAACAGCUGUUGAAGGACGCGGGAACGUUUUAUUCAACGCUUGCCAGGACAGGGCUGUGCAUGCCGUCAGCGUGCACCCAGGAGGACGUAGAGAAAAUAGUGAAAUCACUUUACAAGUCGGUCUACUUUAACGCUCAACUUAGUUACUGCACAAUCAAAAAGGACAAGGUAGAUAUCACAGGGGAGGAUAUCGCUGCUAUGAGCGUCUUGGGUGUGCUCUGCUUCCCCGUGCUUGCAGUCACAACGCUUCAUUUGAUAUUCUUCGUGGCAGGAUUCCUUCGUGGAAAACCAAUUGACGCAGCCUCGAAGCUCGGUCGCUUCUUUAAGCUAUCUGCAUAUGAAACAGCUCGAAAAGUGCUCAUCGUACAAGAACCGAAGGACGAAGAUUCCCGCAACCUCCAAGUGUUUCAUGGCCUUAGAGCAUUCAGCAUCCUCUGGGUGGUGUGGGUGCACCACUACGCUUAUAACGAUGUCUGCGUUUACUCUGGCGCGAGAGUGGCAAAAGAUGUCGCCCAGCAAUUCAAGACGCAACCUUUCAACAACGCUUGGCUGGCUGUGGAUACUUUCUUCUUUAUCAGCGGUUUCUUCAUGACAUACGUCAUCGCCAAACAGAAGGGGGCACUGAGAUUCGGCAAGGUGAUCUUCUUCAUCGUGCUUCGUUGGUGGAGGCUGAUUCCUAUGACCUGCGUAGGGAUCUGCCUGCUGAUCCUGAUACGCCACUUCGGGGAUGGCCCACUUUGGAUCGAGCUCAUCAACAACGAGAUCCAGAAGUGCCGCAACAACUGGUGGCUGAUGAUGCUCAACGCACAAAACUUCUUACCACACGACGAGCUGUGUUUGGUGCCUUACUGGUACAUCGCAGUGGACACUCAGCUGUACCUGAUUUUCUUGGGGCUCGUGCUGUUGCUGUUCAGGCAUCCCUCUCUAGCCACGACCAUUAUGGUAGCCCUGGUGGCCGCCGGAGUCUUUGGUGUUGGAUGGCAGACAUUUGUUAACGACUACCAGCCUACGGCACUGUUCGUCGCUGGAGACCUGCCGUUCACGAAAGAGAUCCUCAGCAAAAUCUACUUCGCGCCGUAUGCCCACUUCGGACCUUUCUGUCUCGGCAUUGCUGUCGCGUACAUGUAUGCCAAACAUGGCAAAGUGUCAAUAGGAAAGGCCGUCCAAGUGCUAGCCUGGACGUGUGCCAUAUGCGGCAACGGGAUCAUCCUGUUCUGCACCAUGCAAUGGGGUAGUGGCGACUACGUUCCUUCUACCUGGAUUUCUGUCUUGUACGCCUCCCUGCACAGGACAGGAUGGGGUCUCGGAAUCGCGUGGAUUGUUUUCGCUUGCAUUACGGGCCACGGCGGUAUCGUAAACAGCAUGCUGAGCUGGAAGUCUCUGGUACCGGUGAGUCGACUGUCGUACGUCAUAUACCUCCUGCACGUUCCCUUCGUCUGGCACAGGUUGUGGACCAUCAGGGAACGGGUCCUCAUCACAUUUAUGCCAAUGUUCUACAAUGGUUUUGGCACCUUCUGCCUCGCCGUGUUCGUGGCCCUCGUGGGAACCAUGUUCUUCGAGAGCACUCUGACGUUUAUCAAAGACAUCGCUGUGGGAAGGCUCAUUCCCCCUCCUCGAAAUAAGGGGGAGCCCAAGGAUGUCAACACGACGCUGAGCCGAAUGGAAAGCGCAUCAUCGUUAACUUCGUCCACGACAUGCACAAAUAUUUCAAUCGCCAAGGGACAACCAGAUAUUGUUGCGAUUCGCCUGUAGAACAGUGUGUUGCACUAUUAGUAUCUGUGAGAUGUGGACAACCCAAGCUGAGCCGUAAUUACGUUUGGUACGGCUGCCGUAUUUUAUGCACGUGGUCGUGCGACGUGGUGUGAAGUGACUGGCAUUUCACCUUUGGUCGUAUCGCGAAGCGAAAAAAAAAAAAAAAAAAAGAAGCACAACCGGCGUUUUAAGCGUCUAUCUGAAUCCUAGAGUGGCACAUCAAAAGUUACUGGGGUGUUGAAAUCUGUUGAGUAAAAUAAAAAGAGGGAAGGUUCUAGUCAACUGCAAAGAAGGCAUUCAAUAAGAAAAUAGAAACCUGAAAUUUAACUCCAGAUCCUGGGAGUGAAAAAAGAAAGAAGAAAGGAAAAAGAAAAGGGGAAGCCUGUAACCCCCCCCCCCCGCCCGUUAUAUCCCUAAUGACCUAGGCCUCGUGGGAUGCUUAACCACCUACACCUAUAGGAUUCUGUGUAAAAUGAAUCCAUUAGUUUCAUCGACCAAAAUUGCAUUUUAUUCAAUACGCACAAACUUCUUGUGUGCUUUGAAGAAUCACUCUUUAAAUUCUUCAGGAGCACAUCUAGUGGGGUGGUCAAAAUUCAGGCGAACAGGCUGGGACGAGUGGUCACAGUUCCGGGGGUGGGUUUCAAAUAGCUAUCGGACAUAUAGGGUGUUCCCUAUAUGCCGGAUACGGAUGCCGAAUAUAACUGACUGAGUACAGUUUUACUAACGGAGUGCGAACGGAAUACAACACUAUAGUGGAAUGGCAACCGUUCCGACAUUUUUUGUGCGCACAACGAGUUUUUCGGUUAACUGAGUCCUAGAUAAGCUGGUUAUGACUGCUCAGGGCAUGCGGCAGUGACUGUAAAUAGAAAUAAAUAAUACUUUACCUUC